AUGGAUCCCAACGGCAAUGGGUAUGACAUUUACGAUCUGUUUGAUCUUGGGGAGUUUGAUCAGAAGGGGUCAAUCUCCACAAAAUGGGGUAGUAAGAAGGAACUAGUGGAGUUCGUGCGUGAGGCGCGUGAACUAGGUAUCGGAAUUAUUUGGGAUGCUGUUCUCAAUCACAAGGCUGGAGCGGACUUUCCCGAGCAGUUCGAGGCCGUUGAAGUAGAUCCGCAAGAGAGAAAUGUGGAGGUAUCCAAGCCAUUGAAAAUAGAUGGUUGGGUAGGCUUUGACUUCUCCGGUCGCGGUGAAUCUUACAGUUCUAUGAAAUACCGCUGGCAACAUUUCAGCGGUGUUGACUGGGACGAUAAGAGCAAGCAGCAGGCCAUCUAUAAGACUUUCGCGCCUGGGAAGGGAUGGGCGUCAGAUGUCUCGACGGAACUUGGGAAUUAUGACUACCUCAUGUUCUCUAAUCUAGAUCAUUCCCAUCCUGAAGUUCGGCAGGAUCUCUUCAACUGGGGGACUUGGAUCACCGAUGAACUAUCCCUCAGUGGAAUGAGGCUGGAUGCCGCAAAGCAUAUCUCCGCAGGUUUUCAAAAAGACUUUGUGGCUCACGUUCAAAAGACUGCUAACCCGGACUUUUUUGUUAUUGGCGAGUAUUGGACUGGACAUCUUCCAGCCCUACUUGAUUAUCUUGACAAGCUGGGGCACACUGUAGUAGCUUAUGAUGUGCCUCUUCUGGAAAAAUUCUCGAAGUUAUCCCAUAAGCGGGCCGCUGACCUACGUGGUAUCUUUGAUGAUACCUUGGUGCAAUGCAGGCCAGAUCAUGCUGUGACGAUUGUUGCAAACCACGAUACGCAACCUGGACAGAUGCUAGAAACUCCUGUCGCCCCCGAAUUCAAGCUGAUAUCAUAUGCACUGAUUCUGCUUCGAAAGGGGGGCUUCCCUUGCUUAUUUUACGGUGAUAUUUACGGGAUCCGAGCCAACGUGACAGACCCGAUGACACCCGCCUGCAGCGGAAAGAUUCCCAUACUCGCCAAGGCACGACAGCUAUACGCGUAUGGAGAACAGAAAGACUACUUUGACCAACCAAACUGCAUCGGAUUUGUCCGUGGUGGUGUUCCCGGAUGUUCUUCCGGACUCGCCUGUGUCAUCAGUAAUGCAGGGCCUAACCGGAAGCGAAUGUUUAUUGGUCGAAAUAAUACGGGACAGACGUGGGUUGAUGUAUUAGGGAACCAGUCUGCGUCUGUUGUUAUUGAUUGGUGGGGCUACGGUGCUUUCCCCGUCGGUGCAAUGAGUGUCAGUGUUUGGGUUGACUGUGCUGCGGUCGAUCGAAACAUUUUCCCAAAGGAGCAUGAUUUGCAUAUAUAUGAGUAG